UAUAAGAGGACAAACACUCACUCUGAUCUCACACCAGCUUCAACAAGGUCUAGAAAGGAAGGCUGUUGGUUCAGGAUGGACGUCUUUGUCAGACUGGUUCUGCUGGCUCUGCUGGCACUGAGCUCCAAUGCAGCACCUGGACACGAGGCAUGUAAUCUGAUGAAGAAGGUCACGGAAGAAGACAUGCGUAUGCUCAUGGAGUAUCGUUGGGUCCUGGUCGAAGGAUUUGCAGAUUAUGAAGACGGAGUGAAUCAAAUGUCCAUUGCCAGCAGCUCUGUGACGGAGAUAAGCCUCAGCAGUGACAACACCUUCCUGUUCGUCGAGAAAAACAUUGUGAAUGGGACAUGUCUGACCUACUAUACUAAUAUGUCAUCUCCUGACCCAGAGACAUCCAACCAUACCCUGCAUAUGCUUGGCCCUGCAGUCCAAGACUUGGAUGGUGAAAAGACUUCGUAUGAUGACCAUACAAAAAUAGACAUCUACCAGUCCUGUAACCAGACAGUCCAGACUAACUGUCUGACCAUCAUCUACAACAUGGUCUUUGAUGGAACUCAAGGGAGGAUGCUGCUGUUCUACAGGAAGGAGGGGGAACACCAGAACAUUGAGAAGCUCAGAGCAGCUCAGAGCUCUCACAGAAAGACUGCAGAGUGUCUGAACUUCAUAGUCACCAAGAAUUUUAAAUAUGAUGGGGAAGCAGAGUUCUGUUAAAAGAAGAAGGAAGAGGAGAGCGAGGGCUGAGACUGUCUGAGAUGUUUAAGUCAUGUUUCCAUCCAUCCAUAAACAAAGCCUCCACAUCUCUGUACUUUAAAAAUCUACAGUGAAGGUGUCACUGGUGGAAAUAAACAGUACAUGAAUACUACUCAGUGUAAUCUCAGUUCUUCUGCCACAUACCAUGACUUUUAAACUCCUGUUAUGCCAUUUCACCACUCAGAAAUCCCCUACUUUAUGAUGAUGUAUCUGGAUGUUGAUAUGAUAUUUGCUUAUUUGAAGACACAGUGAGGCUUUUUCAGGGGCUUGAGUUCAGAUUUUUCCAGGUAAUUUUGUUCUAUAAACUCUCUACCGAUGGUGUUGAAUACUCUCUGUUUACAUUCUGUAUACUCCUUUAAUAAAAACAUCUCUGACAAACAUUUAA